AUGAUUUGGCUCUCGUGCAAAAGGCUACUAAUUUUUGGCCUCGGACUGUUCAUUUCUUCCGGAGGUUGUGCUAGCAAACCACUUACUAGGGAUGUUGUCAUUAUCGGCGGCGGCUCUUCAGGCACCUACGCCGCGAUUAGACUUCGUGAUCAAGGAAAAUCAGUUGUCGUUAUCGAAAGAGAAAACAUCUUGGGUGGCCACACCGAAACAUACGUUGAUCCAUCGACCAAAAAGGUAGUGGAUUAUGGAGUCAUUCUAUUCCACGACCUGCCUGUUGUUCGCCAAUAUUUCGCACGACUAAAUAUAUCCUGCGCUCUGCAAAAUCUUUCACAGAUAUUCCCACCCAUAACUGCAUACUUGGACCCUCAAACUGCCCAGCCGGUCAAUUUCACUCCUCCCGAUCCAUCGGCAGCGCUGGCAGCCUACGCCCAACAACUCGCCCAAUACCCGGGCCUAGAGACAGGAUACAACCUCCCCAGCCCUGUGCCAGAAGAUCUACUGCUUCCAUUCGGCCAGUUUGUUGCCAAAUACCCUGCAAUCGCAAAUGCGACAUUCAUGAUAGCCCAGUUCAACCAGGGUCUUGGCAACAUCCUCAAUCAGCCAACACUAUAUGUGUUCAAGAUAUUCGGGUUCGAUGUCCUCAACACAAUGGUAAAUGGCGCCUUGCUUCCGACCAGCGGUAACAAUCAUCAAAUCUACGACCAAGCGUCCAGAAUUCUUGGAUCCAAUGUCCUUUACGGAAGCACCGUAGCAUCGGCCACGCAAAGAGAUACAAACGGAGUUCAAAUAGAUGUCAACACACCGAACGGAAUCCAAACAAUAAAAGCAAAGAAAAUACUCAUCACAAUCCCCCAAACCCUCGUCAAUCUGCUCCCAUUCAAGCCCGAUCACACCGAAGCACAGGUUUUCAACGAAUUCAGAAGCGUGGGGUACUAUACCUCCCUCUUGCGCGGUACAGGCCUUCCAUCGAACUUCAGCUCCAGCUCCGUAUCAGCCAAUACCUCCUUCAACAUCCCCCAUAUGCCAGCAGUAUACUCUAUAUCCGCUACAGCCGUCAACGGACUUUUCGACGUGAAAUAUGGCAGUCAGAAAAUUCUGCCGGACUCCUACGUGAAGGGUGAAAUACUCUCUUAUAUCCAGAACCUGCAGAGAAACGGGUUCACGGGGAAUUUUUCCGGAGCGGCCAAUUUCUUGCGCUUUAAGAGCCAUGUUCCUUUUGAAUUAACUGUAUCUCCGGGUAGCAUUGCUGAUGGGUUUUAUAAUGAUCUCUAUGCUUUGCAGGGGUAUCGAAGUACGUGGUAUACGGGUGCUGCCUUUCAUGAUCAGGAUUCGUCGAAGCUUUGGAACUUUACUGAGACGGUUGUGUUGCCGGCAUUGCUGAAUAGUUUCUGA